UUCUUCUGAUCUCCGACGCGCGCUCAGCGUGCACGCGCUCCACUCAGGAUGAUUUUGUUACAUUGUAGCGCGGCGUAACUGUGCGUCAUAAAGGGGAAGAGCGUUUGAUCCAGGCGUAUAGAACGUUUUCAAACUUUUCAUCGGAUACCUUGUAAUUCUUAGACUACUCGAGAACGUUUGGAGCGCGGGAGAGCGAACCUGAUUUACGCAGCGGACGCGGGGGGGGUUCGGUGUCAGACGGUGAUUCCGGACUCGGUCCUGACCAUCCAGAUCCCCGUGGAUGACCUCCAGAACCAUGUAUCCGCACGGAAGACCCCAGGCUCCGCUGGUGUCAGGCCACGCCGGCAUGAAAUUCACAGUCCUGGAAACUCUCGACCAUAUAAAAGAGGAAUUCCAGCUGUUUCAGGCCCAGUAUCACAGUCUGAAGCUGGAAUGUGAGAAGUUAGCGAGUGAGAAAACAGAGAUGCACAGACAUUAUAUCAUGUAUUAUGAGAUGUCUUACGGGCUGAACAUUGAAAUGCAGAAGCAGGCAGAGAUUGUAAAGCGGCUCAGUGCUAUAUGCACUCAGAUCAUUCCACUGCUGUCCCAAGAGCAUCAGCAUCAGGUGGCUCAAGCAGUGGAAAGAUCCAAACACGUUAGCAUGGCCGAGCUCAACGCUAUCAUCGGGCAGCAGCAGUUUCAGCAUCUAUCCCAUCAUGCCCAGGGCUUCCCUCUGACGCCACACCCCUCAGGACUGACCCUGGGGGCGGGUGUAAGCCUCAUGGCUCUUCCCGGGGGCUUCCCGUUCCCCCCGCACCUGGUGCCUAAAGAUGACAUCGCUCUCCUCGAGCCCCUGGACUCCAGAGAUGGAGCUCUAAACAGGAGCGCCAGCGGCUCUCCGGUGGGCCUUCGUCUGGGUCUUCCUCCUCCUUCCUCUUCCUCUUCCUCUCACGCUGAUAUGGACACUAAACGGGGCGGCGCAGAACAGACCAGCAUGGGACGGACACGGAGGGAAAGUGGCAGUAAAAGUGAAGACGCUCUCAGAAGAGACGGCACUAAAGAGAAAAGUGCAUCACCCGCAGAAGUCUCUCCCAGAUCGCCGGAAGGGAACGGACUGAACUGCUCUCCAGCGCUCAGAAAGAAUCCGUCCAGAGAAGACUGUUCCUCUCCUCAAUCUCAGCCGCGCUCGCCCGGACUCUGCAAGAGCCCCACUCAGGAGAAAGUGAGAUCUCCUUCUCCUUGUCCUUCGGCGUCUCCUGGCUCUCCAGCACCUCCCCGUCCUCUCUCGUCUCCUGCUCUCAAACACUAGUGAUGAAUGCUUGUGCACCUUGACGUCUGGUUUUCCUCACAGGACCCACUCCUGGCCAUGGAGUGAGGCUAGUGAAAGACAGCCGCUACCCCUCCCCAGCCCGCCCUUCCAAGAAUGCACGGGGCCAGUCCCAGAAUGCACCGGGUCGGGCCCCAGAGUGCUCGGGCAUGGGCAUCAGGUGCCUUGUCUGAAGCCCUUCAUCUGUCCUUGUGACCCUCCGAGCUGAACUCUGAGCGAACCGCAUCUGUGUUCUCACACACCGGGAGUAAUCAGCCAAUCAGCUGUCUGACAGCUCUGUCAGCCAAUUAGAAAGAAAGCUGAAGAUUCUGUGUGACGGGCUUCUCCGUAUCAUCUCCCUCACAGAAAUGGACUGAGAUGCUUUUACUGCCAGUUUUGUGUCAAAAUGAGUUCAAGACUAAGACUUCCAGACAAAUGGAUGUUAAGGAGUUCCUGUUACAGCACCAUUUCAUGUUUCUCCCCCAAGAGCUUUCAGCGGUGUCAGUAAAGAGCUCCAAACACCCUGAAGUUUCCCCAGCACACUUUAUUAAAACUGUCAUUUAGCUCCAUUCGAAGAGAAAUGAUGCAGUUUUUGCGUGUAAUAAACAGGCUUCUGUUAUUCAAAUAUGAAUACUCACUUUAAAGCAUGAGAACCUGUACUGUAUUGUGAAUAAAAUCAUAGUCAAAGGAUGCUGUUAGUGUUUUCAUAUUCACAAUACAGCACAAUCCGGAGUUCUUGAUUACAUUUUAAAAUGAUUAGUGCAUAAUAAAGACAAAUUGAGUACGCAAAGUUUGAUUGAAAUAUAAUUUUAUUAAAAACAAAUUCAUGUCUGUUUUUCUCCUUUGGAUCAUAUGCACAGAAAGCCACCUAGAAAUGAACUCUGUAUGUUUGAACUGUAAACCAGGACAGGUCAGGCUUUAAUCAAUCUCUGGGUUUUAAAAGGCUGCCAUCUUUUGCUGUACUGCUUGAUUUCAACACUAGGCGGCGCUAUAAUCAAACACACAUCAGUCAGAGCAGGUGUACGUUUGCUUUGCUCCAUGUGGAGCUAGUUAAGAGACCUUCACCCGCUAUCUACACAAAUGUAAUGGCUUGACUGUUUAUUUUCUAACUUUUUCCAAAAUGGGGUUAACGCAAACUGAUAAAAAUAAAUUCAAAUGUGUUGACUCAUGCUCAGCUGACGUCAAACACUAAUAGAUUUGGUGCAUCUAAAAUCAUUUAACAGACGAGCCAAUCUUUUGGCUGAAAUGGCCACAGUUUUAUCAGACUGAUGUAAGACAGCACCAUGAAAUACCACAGGUCAAAUGCAGGUCAAACAUCCCAGAAUACUUUGAGGAUGAAGCACUGGAAACAUUUCCUGGUGUCUUCUCACUAACACCAAUUCUUGACGAAUACCGGGACAGAAGUGCAAAAUGAAACCUUUGGGUAUCAUGGGGUUUUCAUUUUAAUUUAGGUGGAAACUGCCUUCACACAAAAUUAUUUUAUUUUAUUUUUUUCUUGUCAGUCACUCGAUUUGUAUCAACAUCCACACGGAUUCAAAAACUGAUUAAGGAAUCUUGCAUUGGAAUAUGAUUUGGUUUCAAACUGAUUUCUGCUCCAUUUCUUGAAUUGUCACCUUAGAAAAUCUUACUGUGCUCACAAAUAAAUAUUUUGCACAUGUA